AAAAUAAACGCAGCCGCAGUGGUGUGUGACGUUGACGUGUUCACGUCACGCGCGAAAUUCAGAACGGGAAAACAAGAGGUGGCGCGCGCCUUCAUUUGGUGUCUCUAAACAUUACCUAAACGCAUUCAGUAAUGGCGGAUCAGAGCUGUUACUCCCCGAGCUUUAAGAAGCCGUGUGAUGUGCUCCGCAUGAGGAGAAAGCGGGCCCGGAAUGACGGAGCCGCUGCAGCUGCAGGAUCCAGCGGCUCGGCGGGAGCUGAUAGUCGGCCUGUCAGCCCCGGAGCAGGCGGCAGAGUGAAGCGCAGAAACCCGUUCGCCAGCAUCGAGAACACGUACAACAGCCCGAAGAAGAGAAAGUGUUCAGAAAACACACCGCAGUUCAGAACACAGUCUUCAGCAGAGCGGGAUGCGAACAGAGGACCGUCUCUGAGAGAAAACCUCUUCAUGAGCGACAGGUGCACAAAGCCAGAGGGACCGGUUUUUUUCUCUGAAGAUCAGUCGUUAUUUGAAGAGGAUGUAUUUGAGGUAGAAAAAUCCAGCCUUAUCCUGAAGAGUCCAGAGGCUCCCGAUCUUCGCAGUGAGUCCCGUCCGGAAGUGUGUCGAGAAUAUCCGGCAGACUGGAGUCUGAAGACCCGAGUGCUAGUCACCUCUCCACAGUCUUUCUCCUGGGCUGAGCAUCUGAAAGCUCAAGAGGAGGCCCAGGGUCUGAGCUUGCACUGCAGGGCAGAGUACACUCCUCUACCACCGAAUAUCCAGGACCCUCGCAGCUGUGCAGAGCUCCGCUGUGGUUUCCAGCAGUGUCUGCAGUACUGGCAGCAUCCUUCUCUGCCAUGGCUCUCUCUGUUCCCCAGGAUGGGAGCCAAGCGCAGUUUUUCUGGCAAGAGUACACCAUGGGCACAGGACGCCACCCUACAGCAGAGCCUGAUGAGCGAAUGGUCUGUGAGCUUGACUUCUCUGUACAGUCUCCUAAAGGCCAAACUCUGUCCAUACUUUUACCUUUGUUCCUACCAGUUCACUGUGCUGUUCCGAGCAGCAGGACUGAGUGGAGCUAAAGGCAUCACUGCACUGCUCUCCCCAACCACCAGGGGCCUGCGUGAAGCCAUGAAAGCUGAUGGGAUAGAGUUCUCACUCCCUCUACUGGAAGAGAAAAGGAAGAGCAAAGAAAACGGCUCCUCCCAUCUAAAUGACGACGCACAACUGACUGAUGGAAAUGAACCAAGUAGCACCUUGACAUCAGAGCACAGUGAUAAGGAAGAGGAGCAGCAGGAUGAUGACGAGGAAGAGGAUGAUGAUGAAUGUUUCUCUUGGCUGAAAGAGAUGGGGGUGCAAGACAAGAUCAAGAAGCCUGAUGCCAUCUCAAUCAAGCUGCGUAAAGAGCACAGUGAGGUACGACUGGACCACAGGCCUGAGUCAGUAGUUCUGGUGGAGGGCUCAAACACCUUCACCUUGAUCAACUUUCUCAUCAACUGUAAGAGCCUGGUGGCUGCAGCUGGUCCUCAGGCAGGGUUGCCGCCCACACUGCUGGCCCCAACAGCGUUCAGAGGAGCUACGUUGCACACACUGAAGGCACGAAGUGUAAACGUCAAGACCCAAGUGAGGACAGGUUAUCAGGAUGUGUUCAGUCUGGAGGUCACUGGCCCCAUAAUGCCCCAUGCCCUACACACGCUUACACAGCUCUUGAGACCAGCCCAGAAAGGAAGCUUCUCCAUGGCACUCUACACACAUGAGCCUAGCGCUGUUCUAAAUGUACCAGUCACCACCAAGCCAUCUGAAUCUGACCGACAGACAAACGUGUUGGAAGACUUGAACCGGUGUGGUCUGCAGCAACACACAGUACAGCAGCUGAUGGAGCAGGCGACGCUGGGCAAGAGUGCACUCAGACACCUUGACAUGAGGGACUACUCAUACAGCUGGAGGUCCUGAUGACCACCUGCCUCGCAACUCGCCUCAGCAUGCUAGAUAUCAACAGUCGCACAGUGGAGGCUCUGGGGAUUGCGCUGGCCUGGAUCGAACCCUCCCCAGUCAGUGAAUCCGUGUCGCAGAAGCAGGCCGAGUUCACCAUGUUAGUGUGUUCUGUGCCAAGACGGCACAAGUGAGGUAGAUUUACAGCACAUGCUUAAUCCAUGGACCUGUGGAUUCUGACUCCACUAUAAGUCAAACACUGCCUCCUUAAUAAUUCUAAAGGUUAAUUCUUCAACCUGAUGUGUUUUUUGUUUUAGUUCAUUUAGCUGUCAGUUUGUUUUUAAUAACAUGACCAAGUUGAUGGUGUUUCGUUGCUGAUGAAUUAACCAAAUCCUUCAGUACUACUCAUUUGAUUGAAGGACUCGUACUUGAAAUUCCUCUUGGAUUUCCCACUCGUGAAUUGUUUUUAAAGACAUGCAUGUAAUUUAGGAAUUCCGUACUGAGAACAGGAACAUGUGCAUGAAAUUGUAGCUUUAUAUAAUGUACAUUUCAUUUUAACUUUGAUCAGUAGCGUUGUAUAUCUUGUAUAUUAAAUGAAGUGUUUGUCUCAUGUACUACUCCAUAUCGAGCAGAGUAAUUCAUGUGGGAAGUGAGAAAGUGCCCUCCACAAUUGUUGGCACCCCUUGUAAAGAGUAAAAAGGGUUGGGAAGAAAUACCUUAUGGUGAAGUUGUUUCAUGUCUUGAGAAAAAUCCAACCUUUUUUAUUGAAAAAUUUAAAUCCCUCAUCAAGAAAUUAUUUUAAACAAAAAUACAUGUGCCACUAUUAUUGGCACGCCUGCAUGUAAUACUUUGAACAACCUCCCUUUGCCUAUAGAGAUCUUGCAGUCACGUGACCGGAAAGUACACAGCCGCCAUCUUGUCGGUAAAAAACACAGCUGAAUAUUGCUGCACUCGUGUACAGAAUGGAUCGAUUUCAACUGACAGACUACACGGCUCAUUUUUCUAAUGAACAGAUAAUUAGAUAUAUGUCUAAAAUAAACGAUCUACAGAUUAGUGACCCUUAUGGCUUUCCGGACGUAGUUUUCACGACCGUGUCAGUGGAUUUUGAACUGCCAGCGGAAUACCCAGACGUGUAUAAUUACCUCAUUAACUUUCCCUCGCUGUUCAGUGGUGAAGCACUGCGUGCUUAUAAAUCUCUGGACAGUUAUCUUUACAGAAAUUCAGGGUUUGUCAGCGACUCAGAUGUGGCAUCUUGUAAACAAGAAAAUAAUCCUCAUUGGAUGGGUAAGUCACUUAAGUAUUGAGUAUAGCACUGACCAGCCGAUUAUAGAAUAGAAUAAGGUAAUUCCAGCUGUAAUUCCAAAUCGUCCGUUUUGUUUACAUGGAUCUGGCGUUGGAGAGGUAGAGGCUUAGCAGUGGAGGUUUGAGUGGCUGUUUUCUGAGCUUAGCAGGGGUGAUAGCGUUCCGGUGCCGCGCCGGAUUUCCGGCGUACCGUGG